CCCUCUGUAAUCGGCUCGUCUAUUUAAUGACAUAUUCAACUGCCAAAAGUUUGGUGAAUCUUGAAACAUUGGAGAUACGUUACUGCCAUAAGAUGGAAGAAAUUGUAAUGAAGCAGGAUGGAGAAGAUGAUGAGGACAAGGAAAUCUUUUUUAGCAAACUGAAGCUUUUGGAACUUGACUAUUUACGAACAUUGAAGAGAUUUAGUGGCCACAGUUAUACUUUCAGGUUCCCAUUAUUAGAAUGUGUAACUAUAACACAGUGUCCUCGACUCACAAUGUUCUGUCCAGGAGCCAUUUAUGCCUCGCAUCUUCAAAGCAUUCGAGUACGUAGAGAUAUAGUUGAUCAUCAUAGAGAUAUUUGGAUGACCGAUCUUAACAACACCAUCCAACAUCGGUUUAUGACUCAGGAGGUAAUUUUCACAACCACAGAUAUGGCCUUAAAUGCAGAGAAUAUCACAACGAUAAGGAAUGUCUUUCCUAGAGUGACAGUUCUUUAUAUAGAAAAGUUCCAGGAUGAUGGGAUAACCUUUCCCUAUAGCUCCCUUGAAAGAUUUCCUCAGUUGCGUUUGCUUCGUGUGCAGCACAGUUCCUUUGAGGAGAUAUUCCCCUCACUGGACCAGAUUAUUGAUUUUAUGGGGAAAAUCCCUCCAUUUAAGGUAUUACACAUUUUCUAUUUGGGUAAGCUCAAGAGUAUAUGGAAGGAUGAUUUUCAACUACCACCAAUUCAUCAAAAUCUAAGAUCUCUCAGUGUCAAAAGUUGUUGUAACUUGGUCAAGUUGGCACCAUCCUCUGCUUCAUUUGAAAAUUUGAGAAGCCUAUCUGUAUCUGGAUGUCAUCAGCUUAUCCAUUUAGUGACAAGUUCAACUGCCAAAAGCUUGGUGAGUCUUGAAUGGUUGGCCAUAAAUGAUUGCAAAAAGAUGGAGGAAAUUGUAAUGAAUGAGACCAAUGAAGAUGUAGAAGGUGGAAUCACUUUCAACCAAUUGCAGAGGAUCGUACUUACUGAUUUGCCAAGCUUAAAGAUGUUUGCUUCACAAAGUCUCACCUUCGAAUUCCCAGAAUUAGAAGAGAUAAAAAUAACUGGAUGCCCUCAAAUGAAAAAACUUGGUCCCGGAGUGUUGAAAACACCAAAGUUAUCUAAAGUGAAAAUAGAAGGAUGUGACAUGGAAUGGGAGGAUGAAGGAGACCUUAACAAAACAAUAGAAAUGCUAUGCUCAGCAAAGGACAGCGUUAAUUGACAGAAGGAUAAGUACAUCAUUCAUGUUAUCAUUUUCAGGUACUCUUGGUGAUGAUGUUGACACGUGAUGAUGAACGUGGACAGGUGUUUGUGCGUUGAUGCUUUUGUUGAAUUCUCUGUUAUUUGAUAAAUGAGACUGUUUUUAUGAUAAACAAUGUUCAUACCAAUAAAUUGGGUGAUGAAUGACUUGGCCCUGCAGGUCAAAACUCUACCCUUAAAGUGUGGUUUGUUUCAUUGUGUAUUAUGAUUCUCAUGGAUGGAAGACUCAGAAAUUGGUGUGCUGUGAUUGUGAAGCUUUCAUUCAAGAACUGUGUGAUUAAGUUAUUCAGAUUAUUAAUUAGUUCAA